AUGUUCCGAAAGUUCUUCGGGAAGGGGAAGAACCGCCGCGGGAAGCGCGCGCCGGGCGGGCGCGACCCGAGAGGACGCCGCGAGUCCUCGACCGCGGCGCCGAGCGACGACGCCGACGACGACGACGUCAGCGCGACGAACGCCGCCGCCGACGACGACGACGACCGGCGUCCGCGUCCGCCCGCGCCCGACGACGCGACGCUCCUGUCGCUGUUCCUCGCCGCCGGGAGCGACCGCCGCGCGUUCCGCAGGGCGUGCGCGUCGCUCGUCGACGCGCUGACGACGCGCCCGCGCGCGGUGCCGUCGCACGCGGCUCCGCUCCUGCGCGACGCGCUCGCGCGAGAGAUGAAUAACGACGGAGACGGCGGCGACGACGACGACGACGACGGAGGCGUCGGCGGGGCGCGCUCGCGGCGCGUCGCGAUCGACCUCGUCGCGGCGCUCGCGCUGCACGAGGAGAACCACGCGCUCGUGCUGAGCGUCCUCGGCGCGCUCGACGACGCGUUCGAGCGCGCGUUCGAGGACGAAGAGCUCUACGCGGACGCGAAGGCGUCGAAGGCGUCGAACGCGAAUAAGAGCAGCAGUGGGAAGAAGAGAGGAUCGUCGUCGUCGUCGGCGUCGAAGAAGAAGAAGAAGAAGAAGGACGCGACGACGACGCUGCCGUCGCCGCUGCACGCGCGCGUGCUUCAGGCGCUCCUCCGCGUCCUCGGCGACGCGUUCACCGCGACGGACGUCCUCGAGAUGACGCGCGCGUCCGUCGCCGCCGCGCUCGUCGUCGUCGUCGACGCGUUGGACGCCGCCUCGGGCGCGUCCCUUAGACUGCUUCCCAUACGACCGCCGCAUAUCUACGCGCACCCCUCGGUUUCGAUCCCGACACACCUCGGCGCCUUUCAACUCUACCUGACGCCUAUGAACUCCACCCCGACGUUCGCUCGUGCGGACCCUCGACCCUCAGUCGGAUCCGGAUGCCCGGACGCGUCGUUCCUUCGUCGGCACGCGGCGCAGCUGAUGCACGAGCUCACGACUCCGGACGCGCACUUCGCGAGCGGGGAGAGGGACGAGGACAUCCGGACGCUCGCGAUGCACUUCAAGAGGCAGUGCGCGGAGCUCGUGAAGACGACGCUGGAGAUCGAUCUGAUCCCUCGCGCGUGCGCCGCGCUCGGUCCGGCGUUGGCGUCGUCGACGCGCGGCGAUCGCGAUAACGGUCAAAACGCGAGCGUUUCUACGGAGAGCGGAGGCACCGACGCCGACGCCGACGCCGACGCCGACGCCGCGAUGUACGCGAUGCGCGCGGUGAGUAACCUCCUCCUCGCGUCGGACGAACGCAGCACACAGCUCCGGAAGGCGGUGGCGGGCGGCGAGAUGGUCGAGACGAUUUUGACGCCGUCACUGACGCGCGCGAUGGCGAUAGCGCGCGGCGCGUCGUCGAGCGACGCGGCGCGCGCGCAUCGCGCGCGGACGCGCGCGUGCGACGCGCUCGCGGCGCUCGGCGUCGCGACGUUCAAGAUGGGGACGUUACGGCAGAGGCUUCUCGCGGACCGACCCGGCGGCGGCGGCGCGACGUUGACGGCGGCGGCUGCGUCGGAUCCUCUUCGCGACGCGUUGCCCGCGGGUCUCCUCUCCGUGCCGUCGCUGUCGUCCUCCCCCGCGGUCCUCGACCUUUUUCUCAGGCUCGCGUGUAACCUCGGCGUCGGCGUCGGCGACGACGGCGGCGGCGAGCCCGCGGCGACGGGGCGCGCGCGGUGGCGGCGGCAGAUCUCGGACGCGUUACGCGCGGCGUCGGGGGAGGAUAAGGCGCGACUGUCGUCUCGGUUCGCGAGGGACGCGCGCGCGACGCCGGUGACGCGCGAGGGCGCGACGCACGCGUGGAUCGUGUCGAUGCUGCCGCCGCCGGCGCCGAGGCGGGAGAUCGACGAGACCGCGGGUUGGGAUAGGGAUAGGAAGAAGAAGAGGAGGAAGAAGAAGAAGAAAAGCGAGAGAGGAGGAGGAGGCGGCGGCGGCGGCGGGGGGGGGGGGGGAGGGGACUCGAGAGCCGCCCCGGCGUGGCAGUCCGAGGGCAAGGCGGAGAGAGAACGCUCGCGACGGCGCGAGCGGCGUCCGGAACGCCGCGAGCCGCCGGGGGCGACGACGACGAAGGCGAGCGACGAUGACGACGAGGUCGACCCGCCGCCGCCGCCGCCGCCGCCGCCGCGCGCCGGCCCGAGAAUCGUCGCCGCGUCCUCGUCCACGGUGAUCGAGGUGAAAGCGGCGAGAGCGUGGUCGCGCUCGUCGCCGUCGUUCUCGUCCUCGGACGACGAACGUCCGCCUCCGCCGCCGGACUCGGACUCGGACGCGAACUCAGACGCGGCGUCGUCCGACUCGAGCGCGCCGCGAGUGAACCGUCUGGAGCCCGCGCGCGGGAUGUACACCCGCGUGCACACGUCCGCGCUGCCGUAUUUAGACGACGACGUGGACGGCGACGACGGCGCGGACUUCGACGUCGACGCGUUGCUCGCGGAGGUUGACGCGCUGGGGACGGGAGGGGGAGGGGGAGGAGGAGGAAGAUGA